AGGGAUGGAUAAACAGCACUCAGUCCCAUAACGACGAGCCACAGCAGAGCCUGGAGGCUACCUUCUGUCAGAGACAUGCUUUCGGAGUUAAACUCCAGGCACCAUAGUGUGUUUUUAGUUAUUUAUUUUUAUUAGCUCCACCGAAACGUCAAAGUGGAUUUGGACGCGCGAGCUACUGUAGCACCCUGUAACCACGGCAACGUAAACGUAGAGAACACAAACCGUUGAUGGCGCGUUUAAGGGUUAGCUAACGUUGCUACAGCAACACUUUACAUAUUGAUCGGUUGUAGGAAUAAAAAAUAAAUAAAUAAUAAUUAAAAAUGACAGAAACACGACCCAAAUCCUGCGAGUCUCCGGCUGACACGAGAAGCGUCGACGGGGACGUGAAUGCAUCUCCUCCCUGUGACUCAGAUGUGUUGAGUGGCUCACAGACAGGAUCUGCUAAGAAAGGCUUUAUUAUGAUGCCACCUGAAGAAAAGCUCAAACACUAUGACAACAGAGCCCAGGCCCAUGAAGACAACCAAGACUUUGAUGCUUGCAUUCAGGACCUGGUGCGUUGUGUGGCUCUGACUAGACUGAUACAUGGGAAAGGACAUCUGAAACUAGCCCAGGCCCAUGCAAGACUGGCUAAAGCAUAUUUCCAGUUCAAAGGCUGGGGACUGCAGGCCCAGGAGCACUCUGCCCUGGCCAGAGAGCUGCUGCCUUUCUGCUCCUCCAUGUCCUCCUGCAAGGAAGAAAAGCUUGAGGUUCUCAGGUGUCUCCUGAGCGUACACCUCACACAGGGUGGUGCCUCACUGCGUACAGCCAAUCUUGAGGAGGCAGAAUCGUCUUUUCUGGAGGCAGAACAAGUUGUUGAAGAGCUUCAUCAGCGUGGUGGCAUCACCCAGGAUGAGAAGACAAAGAGUGAGCUGGAAAUCUCCACUGGUCUAUCCAGGGUCUAUAAGAGACAGAACAGACCAGCGGAGGCUUUAAGCCAGUGUGAGAAGUCUCUGCAACUGCUGAUGGACUGUGGUCAGCCAGACAAGACAUCCUCUGUCUAUAGGGACAUGGCCGCUAUCGAACAGGACAUAGGUCAUUUGGACCAAGUCAUAGAGCAUCUCUCCAAGGCUCAUGCCAUUGCUAUGAGUCACAACCCAGAGGAGCUGGAGGGGGCUCAGAUCUCCCACAGCCUGGCCCUCAUCCUUUCUGCUGCAGCAGAGCCCCAUCACAAUGACUCUGCAGGUCACUACUUUGAGCAGAGUCUGAAUGCAUACAGAAACUCUGCAGGGCCACAGGAUCCAGCCUUUCUCGCUGCCCAGGACGAUUUUUGUCGUUUCCUCCUGUUCAAUGGCCAGCAAGAGAGAUGUGUGGAGAUCCAGAGAGCUUCUCUUGCUACAAAGAAGUCUACAUUUGGUGACCUGAGUCCUGAGGUAGCAGACACCCUUCAGCUGAUAGGAAGUGUGGAGAUGACUGAGGGCAGGAUGAAGCAGGCCCACAGAAUGAUGACAAAGUGCCUGGAGAUCCAGAGUUUGUUGUAUGGUCCUCAACACAAGAAGACAAAAACAACACAAAAAGCUGUGGACAUGCUGGCCCGGGCACCAGCGGUGGCUGAGAGACAACAGCGCCAAGGUAGAAUGAAAGCAAAACCUGCCGCAUUUUCACUUGUACCAUCCAGUGGCAAUGAUGGAAACUCUAUGUCGGACUCUUGAAAUGUUCACUGCAAUGACCUUGGAGGUUUGGACUGAGAACUACUGUCCUACUGUUUUUUUUAAAGAAAUGCCUCUGUUGGAUACAGUUAUCACUGCUGAAUUGCUCUAGUCAUGUCCACUGGCAGUACAUGAUUUUAUGUCAUUUUAUGUCAUUAGACAAAACACAUUACCUUUGAAGAAAUACUCACACUCAGAUAAUAUACCCACAUUAGGUUUUAAUUGUUUUAAGAUAUCAAUCAAUUUCCAAAUAAGGGCUGGAACCCUUUUAACUGAAGCUAAAAAGCCAUUCAUGGUCAUUAGAAAUCAUUAUGUCAAUAAAAGCAAAUAUGUCGGGCUAUCCGUGGUGACAAACAAACAUUCUUUAUACAUCAAUAGAUUUUCUGUUUAUGCUAAUAAAAUGGCACAUGGUAUCCAGAUUACAUUUUGUACAUACAUACACAGUAACUUAACAAAGAUUAAAGAACUACAAUUUAAUGCACUAAUGAAUGUUUUUUUUUCUACAUUUUGCAGAUGAGAUCAUGUAUGAAAAUAUCUUGCAUAUGGGCACUUAUUUUGCAACAAAUCAUUUUUAAUUGAGGUUUUAUUUUUAUGGAUUCAUAACAAACAACAAGCAUUAUUGCUAGACAUGAAGAUAAGUUGGGAAGAUAUUGCUUAAUAGUUACACAGUGUAAAGCUUGCAGCCACUUCAAAAAGUGUGCAAAACAUGUAACCAGACUAAUUAUAGUGGACCAUUUCUGCCUCUGCAACUAGUAAACAACAAAUCGUAACAAACAGUCCACACCACUAAGCUGGUGUUCCAAAAAUAGUCACGGUCAUGAAAACACACUUCUGUUAGAGCAAAGGUGAAUCCUUUAAGCCAACACUGUGAUAACCAACAAAAGACGACCAGACAAGACAUGCAGUACAUCAAAACCAGACGUGAUUAUAUUUUCUUUGACAUAGCAAUCACUAAAUCUAAAAGAUUUAGAUAAAAAAAGGUUCUGCUUCUUCUUCCCAUUCUUUCAUCCUGCUAUUUGCUUUGACAGCCCCUUUUAGUCUUAAUGGUAUAAUUCACCAUUUUGAUCUUCCGCCUCCCUAAUACACUUUUUUCAGAUCAAAAUGUUGACUGUAGGGAAGUUGGAAAUAUACCAUACCACAUACCAAGUAAAGAUACACAUUUUACAAACAUGUUUCACAUCAGUUACAUUGACCAUGAAGCCCGGCUUUGGUUAUAUAAUAGGUCAUUCUUUUUUUCUAAACAAAAUGUGUAAAGUAAAUAAUGUGUAAAUACCUAACUUUGUUAGUUACUUAACCACUUUUAAGUGUCACAUUUACUUGCACUACACCUCGAUAACAGCAUUUAAAGCUUCUCUUUCUUAAGUCAAAUUAUCACCUUUUUCUCCACUCCCACUAUAGGACAUCCACCUACAUCCUCAUCCUACAAGCUUAUCUUUACUCUGUACACUUCACUGA